UUUGGUACGAAUAGUUUGUGCUAAUUUACUACGGGUUAAAGCUUUUAUAUCAUGAAAAUGCUUGUAUCAAAGUGUUUAUUUUUGUCAAGUUUACUGAUUGCUUGGCUUAUUAACGUGAUGUACUUGAGUUUAGAGUUGCAUUACACUUUUAAAAAAACUGCAUACAAAGUUUCAUAAUUUAUUGGAUGACUUGUGUAGAAAUUUGCGUUGUAAUAAUGCCAAGAUUGAUUUGACUUUUGCAACGAGUAGUUAGUUGAUGACAAUAAGAUUCAUUAACGAGUGCAAGUAACAAGGUUCACGAUUGAAAAUUAAGUUUGCUGUGUUUUAAUCCGUGCUGACAAAAUAACACUUGGCAUAAGGCACAAUCCCGACCUGUUAAGAAACCAUAAAGAUGCAGAUGAUGACGAUGUUUACCUGAAUUUUUAUUGUUGACAAAAUAAUGAGUCGAGAAAGAAAUCGCACAUUACGAAGGAACAAACGGAGUCACCAUCAUCUUAUAUCACAACAUCAGUCAGACUUGCGUCAACUCAUUUUUCUUCGGAUUUUGGAUUUACUACAAAAUUAUGCAAAUGCUACAAGCACACUUUAACUAAUGUAUUUCUUGGGGGCUUACUACCUACUAACCAAACCAGGCAUCGUCCUUACAUAUCUAUCCACGUAGGCUGGCAUUGUGAUGAACCAAGACGGAAGAAGAAGGAGACCGAGGUUAAUCUGGAAUCAUCCUAGUUUCGCCAAAAACCUCGACUUGGACGACUGCAAUGCAAUCCCAUGACUCCAUCGUUUCCUUCAUAACGUCGACAUUUGACCUUCUAGCCCAAAUCUAUCAUCCACCUACCACCGCCACCACGUUAAUUAUGUGCCGAAUUACGGAUGAGGAGCGUUUUUUUCUCAACUUGAACUUGUACAUACGUAAAACGGUCGUCGUUAUUUCCUUUCUUCUUGGCUACUCAUUUCCAUUUCAGACUUUUAAAGAAGUGAGUGACAAAACCAUUGUAAAAAAAAUAUUUGACCACAGCAAGUGGAUUGUAAUAUUACAUGAUUAAGUGGGCACAUGAGGCAUGAGUAGAUACCGUAUGUACACAUGUAACGCAAUCUCAAGCAUUUUUCUCUAAUGAUGCACAUUUAUUUAAAUAUUGGACUUAAAAUCGUUGUGCAACCUUAAUAUUUUAAUCUGGUUUAUAAAAUGACAUCUUCCCCAAAAAAUCUGUUUAGUUGGUUAGUUGGUCCGUCCUAGGCAUGAAGAAGCUUAUCGUUCAUUUAAAAGUUUUUAUUUUUUUGGUUUUUAGUUAGUAUUCAAAUUGUGGGUAAUAAUAAAAAAACUUGACUCGAGUUUGCAAAAAUUUAAUCGACUCUCUACAUAUUGCCAUUUGAGUGUUGCUAAACUUGCAUAUUUAUAAAAUGUUACUGUGUCGGAAAAGAUUAAAAUUUGGAAUGGAGAUGGAAAUUUUGUGUAUGGCGUUUACUCUAAUAUUUGCAUGUGCCAAAGGAGCCGGAAACGAUAACAUUAAAGUUUAUCGGAGUUACACAAGUAGUGCAAUAAUAACAGUAACGCCACCGCCAGUACAACAACCCUUAUCUGUCGCCUUCAGUUCACAUAAUGUCAAAAAAGUGCAUAAACUAAACAACCCGAAGAAUACGUUACAAUUCCCCCCAGUUUUUAAUCCAAUUUCGCAAAGUGAACCUAGUGAUAAUUCUUCCGUCUCGCAGCAGGAUGGAUCUUCUUCACGUAAAAUUGAAGCAAUUGUCCCAGUUCAUCCCAAGACACAUUUCUUUGCGGAGAAAGUGUCACGAGCAAUUGCACCACUCAUGUCCCUCCUGUCGCUCUGGGGCGACAGAUGCGCAAGUUGGACAAAGGGCCAGGACCAAGGAACUUGCUAUUCUAGGAGCGAGUGCCUCGCAAAGGGUGGAUCUCCGAGAGGAAUUUGUGCCGGAGGAUUUGGCAGUUGCUGCAUUUUCGCGUACUCCUGCAACUCGCACACAACGCUUAACCGCACCUACUUUGUGAAUCCGGAAUAUCCGAAUGCCGUUCUACCCGAUCGCUCCAUGAAAUGUGUACACUCAAUUUCAAAGCUUCAAGGCAUAUGCCAACUUCGUCUAGACUUUGACAAGUUUGACUUGGACGGACCUGGGCACAAGAGGGGGCUCUGUUUGAAGGAUGUAUUUGCCGUGGAAGGAAUCGACUAUAGACUUCCGCCCCUUUGUGGCGACCUCAGCGGUCAUCACGUCUACUUGCCCAUUGGAUUUGCGCCGGAAGUGUCGUACUUCGUCAACUUAAACCCCGGAAGUCCAAGACGGCGAUGGAAGAUACGGACGACUAAGAUCAAAUGUUCGGCUGCUCUUAUGGCUCCUGGUGGCUGUUUGCAGUAUCACAGAGGUGUUCGGGGUCGAAUCACGAGUUUCAAUUACGGCGAGGAUGGAGAACUGCCCAACAUAAAUCGGCUUAAUUACGGGGUCUGUGUUCGACGAGAGAAAGGAUUUUGUGCCAUCCAGUGGUCCAAGUGCACACACCGUAAAAAACGGGAAACAACUUACGCUCCUUCAACUCAAGACGAAGCCCAAGCCGGUACCAGCCCAACUUUUCCAUUCCUCUGGAAAAAUAGUGAGGAAACUUGGAUUCCGAAGGAAGGAGUCGACUCUGUCGUCUCAUCUGAUGACAAAGGACGAGUGACUCGAAUGAUGCCUUCUAUUCAUCAACCUCUUGUUAAUCUGUCGUGGAAUCACAGUCGAAAUUUCAAUCCCAUCCCAUCACCACAACCGCAACCAGCAGGGUUCAAAUGUCCCACCGGAAAUUUCAGUUGGAAUGAAUUGAUAGCACUGUUCAAUUGGACGCGAGGAGAAGAAGAAAAUAGAUCGUUGCCUUCUUCCUCCUUUGAUGACAAUCAUCACCACCACGACCAAUCCACACCAGGAAGACCUACAUUCGCCCAACUUCGAACGUGUCUGCUCACUAAUGUCCACAACUCGGGAGAAGGACAGCAAUUGCCUGGCGAUUUCAACAACAUUAUUUCCAGUGAUUCAUGGAGCGCCGUUUCUCCGUUGAGACAGCGACAUUUACUUCUCCACGACGAGAAGGAGCCGAGAAGGGACAGCGGUGGGAACAGAUUUUCGGACGAAAAGGACACUGCUUUCUUGCGAAAGGCUCAUGUUUCCCCGGCUAAGCUCAGGUCAUCCGCAAGUAAGAAGGUGGAUUCAGGACCUCCAAUAUUUCCGCCGAGGACGCGACAAGUCUCGUCGUCAUCUGGAGGAGCUAUCAAGCCACUCAAGUACCACACCCCCAGCCUGCCUCCAACCCUGACCGUCAAGAGUGGCAAGGACGCCAAUGUCAAAGUCAAGCAGAAUCCAGUCGUGACGAGGAAGGACUCUGUGAUUAAAUUGAAAUUGAAAGCUAAACCAGUGGUGAAACCGCUUCCUCUCCCAAAACCGAGUGGAGGUUCCAAGAUUAAGUUGAAGGAUAGAAUUAAAAACAAAGGACCAGUGCUGGGAGGGAAGACCAAGGUGAAAGUGAGACCCACCAAGAUCAAGAACAACAACAAGGUGAAAGUGUCCAAACUCAAACCCAAGCCCAAGAAACCUUACAAACCAGGAAAGAAGGAAAAGAAAGGGUGCAAAAAGUUUAUCCCGUUUCCUUUGCCGCUCGCUAUUCCUUUCCCAUUCGGAGGUGGAGGAGGUGGUGGUGGUGGAGGUGGGGGAAAGGACAGUGACGAAGACGGGCACGGGUGGGGAUGGUCAGACGACCAAAUAAUUUCCGACACUGAGCCCUAUUUAAUUCGCGUGGUGACAGAUGACAAACAAGAAGACGGGCUGAAGCCAAUCUGCCUUUUGUGGGAGCAAAUACCAUGUGAUAGCUGGAAUCUUCAUGCAUCGUCGACCCAUAAUCAUUUUUUCAGUCAGGAGGAUCACGACGAGCUCUAGCCAUCUCAUUCAUACCAAUUAUUUCUUGCGUCAUAUUUAUUUAUUUAUUUAUCUAGUUUUCGCUCCAGUUUGCGACAAAUCCCGUGUAAAAAGAGGAAGGGAAGAAGAAGAGUCUCAAUAAAUAAAGGUUGCUUAUUAAUAGA